CGUCGUUCACUGAGUGCUACGGGUGUGGAACGUGGGUGCGAUUCUCUGGAAUAUUUUGUGUGAUUAGAACAGUGAGAAAUGCUGAACUGUGCUAACUUUGGUGUCAUCUUAUAGCCUGGAUUCUGCGUUUUCAGGAAGGAUAUUUUGUUCGCCUGUGAAGAUGCAUCCGACACGCCGCCGCAAGAAGCGGCCGAGCUACGGCGUCCGCACGGUGGAAGUACAGCGCGGCGCCAACGGGUUCGGCUUCACCAUCUCCGGGCAGGCACCGUGCCUUCUGAGCUGUAUCGUAGCCUCGAGCCCGGCGGACGCGGCCGGUCUCCGCCCCGGGGACUACCUGCUGGCCGUCAACGGUCAGAACGUGGCCGCCAGCCUGCACGACGACGUAGUGCAGCUGAUUGGCAGCACGCACUCGACGCUGCGGCUGCAGAUCGCCGAGAACUACUACACGGACAGCUCGGAGGACGAGGCGUGCGUGGCCACGCGCAACAAACACAAGCCGGCGCACCGGGCACGGCACCGACACGGAGCGCCGCGCGCCGGCCCGGCCGGCGGCCGAUCGCCGGCGGACAGCUGGGACGACGAGGAGCCGGCGCGCCGCGUGCCCGGCCCGCCGCCGCCGCCGCGCGACCCGCAGGGCUUCCUGCAGCCGACGGCGCCGGCGGUGCGGCCGGUGCGUCGCGCGCGGCCCGGCCCCAGCCAUGUGGCUGCCGCGGCGGCGGCGGCAGCCGGCGGCGAGCGGCUGGUGAUCACAGAGCAGACGGUGAAUGGACUCAUCUACCCGACACUGCAGGAGCUGCAGCGCGAGCGGCAGCAGGAGGCGGACCCGGCCCUGUUCCGCGCGGUGGUCGGCUACCUGGGCACCAUCGAGAUGCCCAAGGAGAAGGACCUGGCGGGAUCGCGGCUGCAGGCCAUCCGAAACUGCAUCCGCCGGCUGCGCGUGGAGAAGAAGGUGCACACGCUGGUGCUGAUGUCAGUGUUUCCCAGUCGUGUAUCGCUAUCAAACACGCACGGCUGGGCGCUGGCCACCUACCCGGCCGACCGGAUCACCUUCUGCGGCAUCUACGCCGACGACAAGCGCUUCUUCGGCCUGGUGACGGUGCACCGGCACGACGACCCGAGUGACCAGAGCCAAGACGAGUCGUCGCCGCCGCCGCUCUCCAGCUCGUGUCACGUGUUCAUGGUGGACCCGAAGCUGGCGGCGCACGGCGACCACGCCAAGCGGGCGCGCACGUUCGGCCUGCAGUGCUCAGUGGCGCCGGGCGGCGCCGGCGGGCGCUGUCAGGAGUUCCCUGACACAGCUGAGCCCAUCCUGCAGGCCAUUCUCAGUCUGUACAGGAACCGAGUGCUGCCGGGUAUGGCGGACCCUGACAUGCAACCGGCCUCGCCGCCUCACAGCAACACCAGCAGCAACUCGUCCAACAGCGACUCCGGCAUUGGCUUCCGCGACGACGGACACCCCACCGAGCGCAUCUUUGUGGUGGACGUGGAACGGGAACGACUGCGCAUCCACCGUGUCGGCAACCAGGGCGGUGUGAUGGGUCCUCCGCCGCCGCCCCCGCCGGCCGCGGCGGCGCGCCACGCCGAGCGCCGCGUACCGCCCACCCUGCAGCACUCGAACAGCUGCCGGUCCUCCGACUGCAGCUUCGUCCGCAGCCUGGAGGACCUGCGCGGCGCCGGGGUGGGCGGCGCCGCCGGCGGUGCCAGCAGCAGCAGCGGCGGCGGCGGUCGGCUGGCCGCGGCGCGUCUCUGGCACGGAUCGGAUACCGAGCUGGCGCGCAUGGUCACUGGCUCGGAGGCGCGGAAGUUCGUCCGGUCCCUGGAGCGGCACCCUGACGAGGUGCGCACGGACCCGGGCGGCCGCGCCACGCCGGCCACCUCAGCUGCCACCGAUGAGGAGCCCAUGGCGGAGCUGGAGCCAGAGGCCAAACAGCGCUGGACCAAGGGUCAGUCGUUCCGGCGGCGGCUGAACCGGCGCGCCCUGUCUCCUCCGCCGGCCUCCCGCGGCGCCGCCCAGCCCACCGCCUCUGCGGCAGCCGCCUCCACAUCGGAGGAGGACCCGCAGCUGGCUAAGGCGUACGGUAACGUGUUGGAGGCGGCGGAGCACGGCUCUCAGACGGACAGUGUCAGUGCCAAGUCGGAGCGGACGGUCAGUACCGGGGCGGACCAGGGCGGCCGCGCCGCCUCCUGGGCGUCAUCGUUCGAGCGGCUGCUGGACGACCCGGCCGGCCUGCAUACGUUCGCGGAGUUCCUCAAGAGUCAGUUCAGUCACGAGAACAUCUACUUUUGGGUGGCGUGCGAGCGCUACAAGCAGCUCUCGGACGCCGAGGCGCGCCGCCAGGUGGCGCUGCAGAUCUACGAGCGGCACCUGUGUGUCGGCGCGCCGGAGCCGGUCAAUGUGGACAGCCAGGCCCAGCAGGCGGCCCAGGAUGGCGUCGACCAGGCCGCCGUCACGCUCUUCGAUAAGGCGCAGCAGCAGAUCUUCACGCUGAUGAAGUUCGACUGCUUCCCUCGGUUCCUGAAGGCGAGCAUCUACACAAACUGUGUGUCGCGGGAGGCGGCCGGUCAGCCGCUGCCCUACCUGGGCGGCGACGCCCUCGACCCGGACCUGAGGCUCCAGCCCGAGGAUAAGAAGCAGAGCAAAUCCAAGGGCGGCAAGCAGGAAUCGGGAGAGCGGCGGCGCAAAUCGCUGCUGCCCUGGCACCGCAAGGACCGUUCCAAGUCAAAGGACCGCGGCGAGGCCGAUUACAAGCGCAAGAAGCGGCAGCGCGAGCGCGAGGAGACGGGCUCGGUGCGCAGCGACCUGUCGGGCAGCCGGAGCUCGCUGGCCUCGGCGGAUCUGGCCAACCUGCAGCGUAACGCCGUCAGUCGCGAGUCGCUGCACGUGGCCGACCAGCCGUCGGCGGCGGUGGCGGCGGCGCCGUCGAGCGCGGCGGUGCCCGCGUCGUCGGCCGAGCCGGAGUGUCUGCUGUGCCGCGUGGUGCUGCCCGACUCCAGUUCGGCCGUGGUGCAGGCAGCGCCGGGCGACUCGGUACGCACCAUGCUGCAGCGGCUGAUCGACCGUCGCGGCCUGCCCUACAACUCGUGGGACGUCUACCUAGCCAACAGCGACCGGCCGCUGGACCAGUCGGUCGACUCGUGCUGUCUGGGCUGCAAGGAGAUCCGCAUGGAACAGCGCGUCCUGUUCCGUGUGGACCUGCCCAAUCAGAAGACCAUCGGCGUCAAGGCCAAACCCAACCGGCAAACGUGUGAGGUGCUCCGGCCCAUCCUCAACAAGUAUGGAUGCAAACUGGAGAACGUCAACGUCUUUGAGUCCGGUGGCGGUGCGCCAUUGGACUCCAAGGUGCCGGUGACCCAGCUCGACAACCGCCACCUGGUGGUGCGAUGGCGGGACGAGACGCCGUCCGCCGCCGAACCACCCUCCUCCUCUGCCGCCGCCGACUCGCGACACAGAGCCUUCCCCAGUCUGGACGAGAUCACCAACCGGGUGUUUGACGAUCUGCUCAAGGGAAAGGCGGACGGCACGUUUGAUGAUUUUGGCGUCAUUGACCUGGACCAGAAUUCGAGCAAGACGGACGGCAGCAGCUCGGACCGCUCUGCCGGCCCGCUGGCCUCGCUGGUGCGCCGGAACUCACUGACUUCCGGCCGCGAGGUGCGCCGCGCGCACCGCCACCAGUCGGCGGCCGAGGCACGCGCCAUGGGCCCGCCGCCGCCGCCGCCGCCGCCCCGGCUGGCCGACCCCAAGGAAACGGACGUGGCGCUGUACGAGGGGCUGAAGCGGGCUCAGAUGUGUCGACUGGACGACCAGCGCGGCACAGAGAUCAACUUCGAGCUGCCGGAUUUCCUGCGGAAACGCGAAGCUGUUCAGAACAAGGAGAACUACCGCCCGGAGCGGCUGAGCGCGCCGGUGCUGUCGCGCCGGCCGGGCUCGGGCGCCGCCGACGCCCGUCUCUCGAUGGUGCCGGGCGGCUGGCGCAGCUCGCGGCAGCUGGGCGGCAUCCUGCCCACCGACCAGCAGGCAGAGGACUACUUCCAGGGCGACUUUGACGCGUCGGGCCGGCUCAGUCUCGGCCUGGGCGACAGCGGCCAGCUGGGCUGUCCGCCGAUGCCGCGCCUGACGCCGCGCCGACCGGAGCCGGCCUCGCCGCCGCCGCCCACGCCGCCCGACCCGAUGGCCACGUCGCUGCACCUGGACGAGGCCGACUUCUCGCCGCCGACGCCGCUGACGGAAAGUUCGGCGUCAGCCCGGCCCCGUCUGGCGGCUGCUGCUGCUGCGGCCGCCGCCGGCACGCCGCCGCCGCCCCUGCCGCCCAAACCGAAGGUGCUGCUGCGUGGUCCGCCGCCACGGCCGCCGGCGCGGGCAGCCCCCACCGAGGAGCUGGCCUCGGGUCGGUCCCGAAAGGCCAUCUACCUGGACAAGGCCGAGAGGCUCAAUAUCAGCUUCGUAUAGCGUCGCCGGCCGACCGGUUCGUCUUCAGUGUCCUGUCAGUGUACCCAGUGCCAAUGCGUAGUGGUGCGAGUGUGUGUGUCUGUGUGGGGGCAGAGCGGCAGAGCGCGGCCGUUGCGUCGGUCGGGGCUCCGUUAUAGCGAGCUCUCUCCCUCUCCCCGACCAGUGUAACCCGCCGCCUGUGCCGGCCCGGUAUACGUAAUACUGCUCGCCCCGACAGGUACCCCUGUGCGGGUGCCGUCUGCAUCGUCUGUGAACCUGAUACGAGCAAUUUAGAGUGCGAGUGUUUUGAAUGAUUUGCCAUGAAUAUCAGAUGGGGUCAUAUCUCUGUCCUAAUUUGUAUAGAAUGUUUGCUUGUGUGAGGUGAUAUGUGUAAUGCAUCUUUGGAUCGGAUGCUGGGCAGUGGCAACAUAGAAAGUAGAGACACUAUGGGCUGAAUAACUGGUCCCACUAUUCCUUGCGUCAAUAUAAGUGUUUAAUAUGAACUGAACACUGACAGAGCAACAUAACGUAAGUAUUUUAACUAAGUGCUCAAUUGUCUUGUUUUGUCAUAUUUGUGUGGAUCCAAUAUAUUAUUCGCAAUCACCAA